UGUCGUGCUACUUGUAGUGAGUAAUCAGGCACGUGACUGAGGCUCGGUGGGGAGAGGUCUUGGCAGACGCCAGUCGCUUCCCGUCGCGUAAAGUAGUUUCGAUGUCGUGAAAGCUUCUCCAGAUCCCCACACCACGCUUUCUCACCAAACUCUGUUGAUCUUACUGAAGCGCUCUCAGAAAUCUAUUGUACUCACUUUUCACCUGUUAGUCUGUCUACUGGGAUGGCAGAUGUUCGCUCGUUACUUCGAAGUGAGCUUGCUGCUCGGAAGGGCGCACCGCAAGCAGGAAGUACCAGUAAUCGAGUUACCAAGAAGCGGAAGGUCGAUAUCACGGAUGACUUGACGCGAAAGAAGAUGAGGCCUGGCGAAAAAAGCGCAGAUUCCCUAUCACCGGCAGUACAUACUGUGCAGCCACCGAGCGCCCAGGCGAUCGAUGAAGUGGAGGAUGUUGAACAACGAGAACAAGAAACCGCUGACCUGGAACUUCCGCCGGACUCGAAAGCCUCCCAAGAGCAGACCCAGGCACAGUCUGAGUCGUUGCUCAAAUCGAAUACACCCCAAGCUAUCGAUGAGGACGAAUGGGCAGCGUUUGAGCGUGAUGUGGUGGCGCCAACUCGUGUGCCCCAGGCACCUGCUGCAGUUGCUGCAGCAGCGACGAUAUCGGCUGCACCCGUGUCGGCCGAGCAACUGGCUGCCCAGCAAGAGACGGAAAAGGGAACGUCAAUACAAGCACGUGAAGCUGAGAUCGAAGGGGAACGAGAAGACGCGGCUCGGUUCUUGGAGGAUGAAUUUGAUGAAAUGGAGCAGCUUGAAGAACGGAUCAGGCGGUUAAAGCAUAAGAGGGAAGAACUGAGACAGAAACGAGCCAAGGAAGCUUCAGAGAUCCCUCAGACAGAAGGAUCCUCGUCCGGGAAAACACAAGGGGAACAGCAGAUUGAUGAGACUAAACAACGCGACGAAGAAGAAAACGAUGAUGAUGAUGAUGAUGACGACGAUGAUGUGGAUGACGAUGACUGGGACAACUGGAGAUUCAGGUAAUGAUGAAAUUGAGAUCAGCAGUGGUUUUGGGAACGGCGCCAGUUCAUAAAGGGAGGUCUGAACUCUUCACAUUUACAUUGAUACCCCAUACAUCGAGCCAUGAGCUAUAUGGAUAAUCUACAAUGACUUAUGAUCCUUUCCUCUGUGCCAUCUCCGUCGAUGGGUGGCUUUAAAAAUGUUGCUUUUACUGGCUCUACAGGUAAUAAUGCAGGCAACUCAAACAGGAGAUAUUCCUGUCACUUGUUGAGGCUUCAGCCGCGUCUCCACGGCUGUGUCGAAGAAUGAAGAAAUCGGCCGGAUUGGGAACUAGUAUCUAUCUGCCUUGAGUCUUCAUGAACAAUUGAAAUU